AUCUAGUGGUGUCCAUGGCAACUUCCAUAUGUGUGUAUGUUUGCGUGUGCAUGGCAUCAAACCUGGACACGGCGUUUCCGCUCCUGAAGAAAGGCAACCGUGGAAGUCUGUUCGGCUUGUCGGUCGCCCUGCACGAACACCUGCACGGCAACGCUCACCUCCUAUUGGUGGGAGCUCCUAGGGAGAAGGCGGAGCCUCAUCUUGCGGCCAAUCGCACAGGAGGGGUGUACAGCUGCCCCAUCACUGCGAGCCAAUCAGACUGCAGCAGGAUAAACCUGAUCGGCUCAGGUGAAGACCUGGUUGAGGCCGAGGACUGGAUCGAGGACAUGUGGCUGGGCGUAUCAGUAGCUAGUCAGGGCCGCCCUGGGGGGAGGAUCCUGGUGUGUGGCCAUCGCUUCAUUAAGAUCUACGGGGCGUACAGGCUGAGACAUAUGAUUGGGAAGUGUUAUCUCCGUGGUAACGACCUCCAGUAUGACCCUGAGGACAUGCCUUGGCAGAACCCGGACCAGAUCUGCAGCCACCUUCUGGAGGUCAGUGAUGAGGUCAUGUGUAACAUGGGGAUUUCUGCCGCCAUCACUCAGUCUGAGUUCAUUGUGGGGUCACCAGGGAGCUACGAAUGGCAAGGAAAUGUGCACGUGUCAUGGAUGAACUCACUCUUUAUGAACACCCAGCAGAGUUCCCUUGCGAACAUGCAUCGCAGGAACAUCUACAUAGGAUAUUCUGUCACUCAGGCACCUCACCUGCUGUCUCACCAAACUAUGACAAUUGUAACAGGAGCUCCUAAGGACACCAAGGAGGAUGGUCGCGGUUCAGUGCUUUUGGCAUUGAAGCGCUCCAACAUGUUGGUGGUCCAACAGACACUGCGUGGCCAGCAGAUGGGCUCAUACUUCGGCAACGCCAUAGCAGCAAUUGACCUCAACAACAAUAGAUGGAAUGAUCUUCUGGUGGGUGCUCCUUUUUACUUCCAUGGUCAGGAGGCAGGCGGUGCCGUCUAUGUGUAUUUGAACGCGGGUGGUUGGUUUGAGUCUCGUCCCAGUAUGGUGUUACAUGGACCAGCCGGGUCGGCAUUCGGCAUGUCUGUUGCCAAUGCCGGAGACCUCAACCAAGAUGGUUUUCAGGAUUUUGCUGUGGGUGCUCCUUUCCACGGAACAGGGACUGUGAUGAUUUGGACCGGCAGUGCCGAGGGGAUUUCUACAACACCUAGUCAGGUGAUUGCAGGAAGCCGUAUCUCUUCAGCUUUCAGGACGUUUGGUUACUCGCUGUCCGGUGGUUUGGAUGUUGAUGGAAAUAAAUAUCCAGACCUGCUGGUCGGUUCUCUGGACGACACUGUUGCCCUUCUCAGAACACGUCCUGUCAUCCACCUGAACCAAACUCUGAAGGUUUCUCCUGAAAUUAUCGACCCAAACGGCUGCAAUGACUGUGUGCAGGUGGAGGUGUGUGUGUCCUACAUCGUCAGCACAGGAGAACCAGACAUCAACCACAACCUCACUGUUAACUUCACUGUCACUGCUGACAUCACACACCACAGUUCCCGCAUCUGUUUCCUUGACAACAGACAUGGCACAUAUUCUGGCUUUUUAUCACUGCCAUGGAGACGUUGUGAAAUCCUGAGGGCGGGGUUACUGAGUUCAGUCAGAGACAAAGUGGAACCGCUGGUGUUCUCAAUGAAUGUCUCUCUGUAUGAGAAUCUUCCCAAGAAAAAAAGAACUGUGCAGAACCUGGACCACUUCCCUGUGUUGGGCCUGAUGCCACAGCCCAUCAGGACACAGGUCCAUAUUCAGAAGGCCUGUGGUUCUGAUUACCGUUGCCAUAGCAACUUGCAGAUGAAAGCCCAGUUUACUGAUGAGAAUCACAAACCGUUUGCAACGCAGAACGGCACCCAGAGGUUUUCCUUUGACUCCAGUGUGACCCGUCUGCUUCUGGAGGUCAACAUCAGCAACAUGCCUUCACCGGGCCACCCAGCAGAGGACGCUCACGCCACGGCCCUAAAUGUCAGCAUCCCACCACAGCUCAUCUACGCCGGAGUCAGAACCAAGGGGGACGGCCUUCCUGUGGACUGUUCUGUGGAUGAUAGAAUUCUGAUGUGUGAGCUCGGAAACCCAUUCAGAAGCAGCCAAAAGGUUCAGCUGUUGAUCAUAUUUCAGACAUCUGAAAUCAGUUUGGACACCAGACAGAUUCAGUCAGUGCUGCAGCUGUCCACCCUCAGCGAACAGUCACACCUGUAUCCUGUGUUGGUCAGAUUGAAGGUGGAGUUCCAACUACAGACCUCUCUGACUCUAAUCAAACAUCCAGGCCACACCCACUUCAGUGGUCACAUGACUGGGGAGUCCAUCAUAAAGAGUGUCAAGGAUAUCGGCAGCCCGCUGGACUUCACCUUCCAGGUGGAUGUCAUGGGGAAACCACUUGGUUACUACGGCAACCUGGCGGUGGAGUUUGAUUGGCCAUUAGAGUCGUCCAGUGGGAAGUGGCUGCUGUACCUCACAGAGAUCCUAUUGGGUGGCACCUCAGAGCCCUACUGUACUCCACCCACCAAUAUCAUCAACCCCCUCAAUCUCACCCUUUCACAGGAGACAAAGAAGAGAAGUCUGGAGGAGGAGGACAAGCAAGCAAGAACUAGAAAUGCAGCACUUCCCUUGCAGAGAAGGAGCAGCACUGCCUUUACCCUGGACUGCGUCCAUGGCGCUCGCUGCGUGACCUUCACCUGUCCGCUGGUCAACAUGAACAACUCGGCAACGCUGACGGUCCGAUCCAGACUGUGGAAGUCCACCAUGAUCGAGGACUUCAGCACAGCGAGGAGUGUGCUGGUUCAAGGUAGAGCAACUCUGAAGCUGCUGACAGACAAACCAACUAUCAGCAUAACAGACAGCUCACAGCUGCAGUUUCAGGUGGUCAUCCAUCCGGAGCAGAGUAUGGAGAGGGACAACAGCGUCCUCCUGUGGAUUCUGGUGCUUUCUGUCUUGACUGGAGUUGGACUUUUGGCUUUGAUCUGCCUGUUGCUGUGGAAGUGUGGCUUCUUUGUGCGGCAGCGGGCGUGGCAGGCAGUGAUGCUUCACCAGGGGAGGAUUAUGGGUAAAGAAAACCAGCAGCAGCAUUACACCGAUGCAGAUGGCUUUGUCAUCAGAGAACUUUCUUCAUCCAGGAACAGGAUGAUGCCAAAACCCUGGAUCACCAGCUGGACUGAGACAAUAACCCACUGAAAUGAACUAGACCUGAAGAGGAUCCACCAAGACAUCAGGUCCAAACAUAACGGUUCUUCUACAGAUUGGUGGAAAAUUAAAUUGUUUCUUUCAUGGCUUCAGGACCAGUUUACUGUUUAUGUGCUUUUUUUUUUGUUUUUUUUUCCCCCCAGGUACACAAAGUGAUUGGGUGGUUGAGUUCAAAUCUGAUAUUUACAGGGUUGGUAGAUGUCAGGAAAAACUCAUGUUAGACAAAAAAAGUGGCUGGUGAAAAACGCUAGGUGACACCAUAAUUAAUAAAAAUGUGUUAACACUAAUAACGUUUGAUCUAUGGGGUCAACCAUAGGAAAAGUUUAUACCGUUGCAAGCGAUGGAGUAAGUCCGUUCUAAAGGUGUAGGCUACACACAUUUCUGUUUGGAAUUUUUAGCAAUAUUGCUAAAUAUGCAAAAUUGGCCCAAUUUAACCCUUCUCUGGAUUUUUAAUGUCAAAAAGCAAGAUUAGUAUCAAAAUGUUCUCUGGUUUGGAAAGCUCAAUAAUUGAACCACAAAUCUUAAAAUUUGCUCUUUUUUGCAAUUUUCACACCUUUGUGUUUGAUAAUGUAUGGCCUGUAUAAAGUUGCAGUGCUAAAAUUGGUGGAACUGUGCCAGUAGAUGGUGCUGUAAGGCAGGUUAUCGUGGAAUUUCAAAAAGGUACAAAUUGCUCAAAAUUUCAUAGAUUUUCCGAGAGUCCUACAAGGUGGUGGUUUACUAUCAGACCAAAGAUGAUGAUAAAUCGCCUCUUAAAACAUUAUUUCAAAUUUUAAAAUUAAUUUUAGAACAGACCAAACAACUGCGUGCUCAUUAAUGGAUGGACCAAAUGCUGCCAAAUUUGCCAGCUUCAACCAGAAUACCAUUUAUGGCAGGUAGAGCACAGUACAAAAUGGCCAGUAAAAAAAAAUGCUAGGUGGCACUAUAAAUAAUAAAACCCCUUCAAACAACAACAACUAAUAAAUUCUGAUCCGCCAGUUGCACAUUGGAAACAUUUAUACUGUUGCGAUCGGUGGAUUAAGUGUUUUCCAAUGGUGUAAGCCAUGCUUCUUUGUGCCAAGAUGGGAUUUUUGCAAUUUGUGAAAUGUGCCAAAUAAGCCGGCACAAACUUGUCUGGAUUUUUGACGCAGAAAGGCCAGAUGGGUGUCAAAACAUUCUCUGGACUGUGACUGAAAAAUUGGACCAGAAACCUUGAAUUUGUUUUUUUUUUUUUUUACUUCGUUUAUAAGUUUGAGUUUGACCAUAUGUGAUGCUAUUUAAUGAUGGGUUUUCUCAUUAAUGGGAUAACCAAAUGGCAUGAAAUGUGACAUUUAUGGAUGGCCUGUUCUAACCACAGUGCGAAAUGUGGUGGAACUGCAGCAGUAGAUGGUGCUGCAAAGCAUUAUUUUCAAAUAAAUUUCAGAGCUUGAACGUGCUCCAAAAAUAUCAUGCAGGUCUUGCAAGGCUGCUCUGUGGCCCCUGCUUGAUGCAGGCCUGGAUCCACGGUGGCACAGGAGGUGCUUGGACCCUUAAUAUUUGCUUGCAACUCUAAUUUUUAAAAAUAAAUUCACGUUAAGCUUUCAGUCAGUUGAUAUACAAGUAUUUUUAAAAUCAGCAGAGCGAGAGCAAACUCUUAGGGUGAAAUCGUACAGCCUACUGCACCCCAAACCACACAUUGUGCACCCAGUGUGAACAGUGACACAGAAGCUGAUACUGGCGCUGGAUUGGAAGAUUCCAGCCUAAUUUUCUCAACACACCCAAUCCGUGUACACUUACCACAACUGUUUAA